CUAUAAGAAGAAGUCUCAGGUGACUUUAUGUAAUCUUGAAGGGAACAAAUCAACAGCAAAAAUAGGAAUUCUGCAAGAAUGAGCAAAUCCCUCUAAUCACCAACCAAACAGAACAACAAUGACAUUUCUGCAGCAGCAGCAGGAUUGUCAUGCCUCCAUUGAUCUCCCCUUUAUAAGAUUUCAUGUGGAGAGCAACCCAUUCACAGCAAAAGCAAAGCAUCAAAGUAGAAAGAACUAAAUAUCCAGGAGGAGCCACUUACAGAAUCAAUAGAGACAGCAGCAAUGGCUUGUUCCUCUCUUCGUUUCCUUUUCGUUCUGGUCUGCUUCCUUCCAGCUUUCGUAGACUGUGCAGUUCGUCACUACAAUUUCAAGGUUGUAAUGAAAAACACUAGGAAGCUAUGUUCGAGCAAGCCGAUUGUCACAGUGAAUGGCAGAUUCCCAGGGCAAACUCUCUAUGCUAGGGAAGAUGAUACGGUGCUAGUACGAGUCGUCAACCAUGUCAAAUACAACGUUUCCAUUCACUGGCAUGGGAUCAGGCAGCUGAGGACUGGUUGGGCUGAUGGACCUGCAUACAUCACACAAUGCCCUAUCCAGCCAGGGCAGAGCUAUCUUUAUAACUUCACCGUAACCGGGCAAAGAGGAACACUUCUUUGGCACGCGCACAUCCUCUGGCUAAGGGCUACCGUCCAUGGUGGUAUUGUCAUUCUGCCCAAACUGGGCGUUCCUUACCCAUUCCCAGCUCCCCACAAAGAAGUGGUUGUGGUAUUAGGGGAAUGGUGGAAAUCAGACACAGAAGCUGUGAUCAAUGAAGCCAUAAAAUCAGGAUCAGCACCAAAUGUCUCUGAUGCCCACACAAUCAAUGGUCAUCCUGGUCCUAUUUCGAACUGCGCCUCGCAAGGAGGCUUCACAUUGCCAGUCCAAGCAGGGAAGACGUACAUGCUAAGGCUAAUCAACGCUGCACUCAAUGAAGAGCUCUUCUUCAAAAUCGCCGGUCACAAACUUACAGUAGUGGAGGUCGAUGCCACCUAUGUCAAACCAUUCAAAACCGACACAGUCCUAAUCGCGCCAGGACAAACGACAAACGUCCUGGUUUCAGCAGACCAGAGUUCAGGAAAGUACCUGGUUGCCGCCUCGCCGUUCAUGGACGCUCCAAUCCCGGUCGACAACAGAACAGCCACUGCCACCGUGAGCUACGCCGGCACACUGUCCAGCGCCCAAACGACCCUGACGAUCCCACCUCCGCAGAACGCCACCGCAGUGGCCAACAAGUUCACAAACUCGCUCCGAAGCCUCAACUCCAAGAAAUUCCCCGCCGCCGUCCCGAAGAACGUCGACCACAACCUGUUCUUCACCGUCGGGCUGGGAAUCAACCGGUGCCCGAGCUGCAAAGCCGGGAACGGCACAAGAGUGGUCGCCAGCAUUAACAACGUCACAUUUGUAAUGCCCACCACGGCUCUACUUCAGGCGCAUUUCUUCAAACAGAAAGGCGUCUUCACCACCGAUUUCCCGGCCAACCCGCCCCACGUCUUCAACUACACGGGAACCCCGCCGGCGAACCUGGCGACCACUAAGGGGACGAAAGUUUACAGGUUGGCUUACAAUUCGACGGUCCAGCUGGUGAUGCAGGACACCGGGAUCGUCUCGCCGGAGAACCACCCGAUCCAUCUCCACGGAUUCAAUUUCUUCGCGGUGGGGAGAGGAAUCGGGAACUACAACCCGAAAACGGAUCCGAAGAAGUUCAAUCUGGUCGACCCUGUUGAAAGGAAUACCAUCGGAGUGCCUACGGGCGGGUGGGUCGCCAUUCGGUUCCGGGCUGAUAACCCAGGAGUCUGGUUUAUGCAUUGCCAUCUCGAAAUCCACACGACCUGGGGAUUGAAGAUGGCGUUCUUGGUGGAUAAUGGGAAAGGCCCCAAUCAAUCGCUUUUGCCGCCGCCCGGCGAUCUUCCCAAAUGCUGAAGAAGCUGAAGACGGAAGAGUUUCAAGAAGCAUGUUCCCCCUCCCUAAUAUUCUCAAUUUGGUCCAGUUUUGGAUCAAACUAGUCUGUCUAUAAAACACCAUUCAUAUG